CCAUAACAAAAGACAUAACCCGACACAUACACUACACGUCGCACCACAACUUUGUUUCCUCACUUUACGGAGCACCUUGGGCGCACACAGAAGACACAUCUCGCAGCAAAAAUGCCUGACAACACAACCAACGCCACCGAGGCGCCGGAACUUUCCGUGGAACAACAGCUGAGCGCCCUGCUCGGGAAUUCUGACGAGUUUUUCCUUCUGAUGAUGGGAUGUUUCGUCUUUCUUAUGCAGGCUGGUUUUGCAUUCCUUGAGGCUGGAUCCGUCAGGAGUAAGAACACCACAAACAUCCUGCUCAAGAACAUCCUGGAUGUCUGUAUUGGAGCCAUCUCAUACUGGGCAGUCGGCUACGCCUUCGCUUUUGGCACACCCAGCAACCUCUUCAUUGGACAUGGCCACUUCUUCCUGGAGGGCAUCGAGGGAUCGCAGUACGCCCAUUGGUUCUUCCACUUUGUGUUCGCGGCUACCGCUUCGACGAUCGUGUCUGGAGCCAUGGCGGAGAGGACAGAGUUUAGCGCUUACCUGGUGUACUGUGCUGUGCUCACUGGUGUGGUGUACCCUGUGGCUGCUCACUGGGCCUGGGACCCCAAGGGGUGGCUCCUCACAGGUGUAGGGACUGGACUCUCCUUCCAGGACUUUGCGGGGAGUGGUGUGGUACACAUUCUUGGUGGCACGGCAGCCUUGGCUGGUGCCUCCGUGGUCGGACCCAGGAUUGGGCGCUUCCAGCACGGGAAACCUGUCCAGAUCUCUGGCCACACUGUCCCUCUGGCUGCCCUUGGUGCCUUUAUCCUGUUCUUUGGUUUCCUGGCGUUUAAUGGCGGAUCCCAGGGCGCCAUCUCCAACCCUGGGGACGGGGUCGUCGUUGCACUGGCCAUCACUAACACUAUCAUCUCUGGUUCCAGUGCUGGCCUGAUCGCCAUGGUGAUCAAGCGUGUGGGGCUGCUGGGAGAUCUGCACUGGAGUCUGCUCACCACGCUGAACGGAGCACUGACUGGCAUGGUUGCGAUCUGUGCAGGUUGUAACAACGUGUACCCCUGGGCCGCCUGCAUCAUCGGUGUCGUGGCGGGCGUCGCCUACUGCGGAUGGAGUCAGCUGAUCCUCAAGGUCCUGAAGGUCGAUGACCCCCUGGAUGCUGUGGCUGUUCACUUCGGAGGAGGUUUCUGGGGAGUGAUCGCAGUUCCCAUCUUUGCCACCGAGGGAGGCAUCAUCACAUCUGGAGGCUCUGCCAUGGCUUUUAAGGGUUUAGGGUGGAACAUUCUGGGUGGGAUAGCCAUCGCUGUGUGGACAGGCCUCAUCACCACCACCAUGUUCGGGUUCCUCCGCUUGGCAGGUGUGCUCAGGGUCGACCCAGAGAUCGAGGAGAAAGGCCUGGACAUCCCGAAGCACGGCGAGCCAGCGUACCCCCAGGAGAGCUACGGACACGGCUGGGUCCUGGAGACCCCCGAGGACAAACUGCCCAAGUGUCGGGCAAAGGACACUGAGUACCCUCCUGACUACAGUCAUGGAGACCCCUCUAAGAUGCUGGCGAUGACCCACCCUGCUUCCAUGGCGAUACCCCGCCCCUCGGUGGUGACAGGUGUGCCGAUGACGGACCUCGGUUUCGACAACGAGGGAUACCAGGAACCAAUCCACAACACCCGCUUGUAAACGCUUUACAUUUACAGUCAACAGUGAAGAGACCUGAGCAGUUAUGGUAACUUUAAGUUCCAGGAUGCAG